AUGGAGUCUUCGCUCGAUCCUGAUGGCUUAGACAAAAAGGCUUGGCUGUAUGCUGUGACAGUGCUUGAAGUGAUGUUGCUCGGCAAGGUUCUGUGGAUGGCAGGCCAGAAACGCAAAUCGCUGACGGCUUUUUGGCGCGGAUGCCGAAGUUGCACCUCAUGGUGCUCGCCCGAUCAUAGCAAGUUCAGCCAAGAGGAGCUGAGAAUGAUCAAGAGCCGGGUACGACAAGCCCGUGCUGAGAUGGCAGUCAGUGUCAACAGCUAUUUGCUAGCUUGCUGGGGAUUUGCUUGCCUGUCGGUUCAGGUCAAUAUGUCUCUAGGCACUCCGAGGUGGAUGUCACCGCAGUUCAGUUGGCUUUGCGCCGUUCACCUCUGCUUUUUUGGUGUUGGCUUCCUUGUUCCACGCGUGCUGCGACCAGGCACGCUUGAUAUGUGGUAUUUGUGCGUCGUGAUGCUGAUCGCCUUGACAAUUUCGCCCAUAGCUACCACGAAGGUGCAGAGCACUCAGGUGGCCAUGGCCUCAUUUGCAGUCGUCCGGGUGCCUGCUGUACUGGUUUGCACAAGGCCAUGGUUGGUAGUCGUUUGCGAGAUGGGCAUGGUGGCUGAAACUCAACUGCGGGCCUUCACAGGUACUUAUUCGGCUGAAAGCCACACCAGUUACGAGUCCUCCCAACUCAAUCUCGGUCAGACCACUUUGUGGAGCUUCAUGCUUGUGUGUCUGGCAUCCAUAGCAGUCGAGCGAGCGUGGCACAGCCGGGAAGCGCAGGGUUUGCUGAUUAGUAACGCGACAACGGAGCUGUCAGCGGCUACGUCUCUUCUCGAGCUUACUUGCGAUGCGGUGGUGGAGCUCGAUGGUGACUUACAGCUCACGUCUCCAGGUGCCGACAUCGCUUCUCUGCUGUUGAAGGAUCCGAGGGUGUCGCUGCAAGGCAAAUGCUUCACAGAGUUUGUCGCGACAAGCGACGAGGCAGAGCGGGCAGAACAGCUUCUGAGGGGCUCCGACCGAGGUGUCCACACGGGGGCUUUCCACACACGGCUGGUCGAUAGCUGUUCCAGCAAGUUCAGAACGGAGGUUUUCCAUGUGAGCUACAGCCGACUGGGUGGACAGACUCGCCAUCUGCUGGGUUUGCGGGACUUUACGGAUCAAGCCUCACUUGCAGGGCGAAGAGCUGUGGACAGCACUGUGGGCCGAGGAGCAUUUGAGCUUGAGCCACACGAGGGCCAAGGCAAUGGGAAAGAUCUGCAGAGCUUGCAGAGCCGAUCUGAAGCAGAGGUGAACCGACUAGAAGACACUCGCCACCUUGUCUACGUGCAGAUCGACAUGGACAGCUUGCAAGUUGUCACGGCAUCAGUUCGCACCCCUUUCUUCGCGGGCAAGCCUUUGGAUGAGAUCCUUGGUGAGGCAGAGAUGAACUUCUUCCAGCAGGUCUGGCAGCAGGUGCAAGUUCUUGACCGGCACAAGGAGCUGGCGACCAAAGAACUCACCGUCACGUCUUUGUACCUGCAAUGGGGUUUCAAAGAGGUCUGCGUUUCUGGGCGUAUCGAGGUCACGAAGCAGUCUGAUGGCCGGCUCGGCUUCUUGUUCUGUUUUGAAGAGCCGGAUGUAGAGCGAUCGACAGCAUCGACGCCCC